ACCGCUGGAACUGCCAUCCCACUCCUUUUCUUCAAGCUCGGGACAAGAAAGACAAGGUGUGAAGACAAACACCGGAAAGAUGAUUGGAGGGAAACUUAACUUAUGGAGUUGCCGCAAGAUGAUGCUCGCCUCAUUCUUGGGCAUCAUUGUGUUGCUGUCUUUCAUGAACACCUGUUUUGCCAGUGACCAAUACCACCAAAGAUCAUCUUGGGAAAAGAAGCGUGUGGAACCUGACUUUUUAUUUGAAAUGACUCGUACUAUAAGGAAGGCACUGGAGAAUUUGAUUGGUAAAGAGAACUUUCAGAUGCUGAAUGAGAAUAUGUCUAACCUGCUUUGGAUAAUUUCCUCUGGAAUCUCUUCAGCCUUAUCUGUUGUGGCUCGAAUUGUAGGACAGUUUCUUACAUCCUUUGGAUUGGCUGGAGAUGGAUUAACACAGUUUCUGAAGCUGAGCCCUGACCAGGUUCAGGCACUGCUGCUCUGGAGCCUGGCUGCCCUGAUUAGCUAUUGGGUGCUCUCGCUGCUGUUCAGCCUGGUGCUCACUAUCUUGAGCCGCAUCAUGUGGGGCCUCAAGUUUCUUCUCUUUGGAGGCUGCUUUGCAUUUAUUGUGUUUACCGUGCCUGACCGUCCGGUACAGGUUGUACUUCUAUUGGCCUUGCUGACUCUCUAUGUCUUGCUGGGUUGGCUGAGUGGAUCCUAUCGCUCUGGUGCGAGGCUGGAGGCUAAAGUGCACAGCUUGGAGCGCCAAGUGGAGGAACUGCAACGCCGGCAGAGACGGUCUCCCCGAUACCUGGAUGAAGAAUAAAAUUUCAGGCAGGAGGCUGACCACAUUUCCUCCAAGAAGCAGCUGCAUUUCCCUCCUCCUCUAUCCCUUACAUUACUUCUUUUUCAGUCUGUCGAUGUUCCUGGAUGGUAUCUUUCCCACCCACUACCAUUUAGGAGGAUGGCAGUCCUCCCUAAGAAAAUGAUUGCACCUGACCUACUAUAGCUUUUCAGCUGGUCGUGACUUUUAGAAAAGCUCUUUCUCUACUUUUGUCUCGUUCUUUUCGUUCCCCUUCUCAGGCCCCGUUUUCCCCACUCUGUUUUUCAUUUCAUUCACGGCAGCUUCUUUAAAGACAACAGGCCUGGUAACAAACAAUGCUUAUUUCUUAAAAGAAAAAACAAACAAACCAGAAUUUCGUGACUGGGGAUAAGAGAAUGAGGAUUUACACAGUUCACCACCGGCCCUUGGACGUGAUUAUUCCACACUAUCAUGCUCAUAUUUAUAAAACUCAGUGCCUCUGGGAUAGUUAAGGAUGACUACUCUGUUUGUGGUGCUCCAUGCAGCAAUCAGGACAUUGUGUGUGUUGAAGUUGUUUUAAUGCAAGCCAAAGAUGCCUUUUAAAAGCAAGUUUACAUCAUUUUCUUAUGCAUGCCAGUGCUCUGUGUGAGAUAAUUUAAGACGGGUUCUGACAAGUGUUCACCUGCUGAUCCAGAACAGAGAUAAGCCAUAAACAAACAAUCAAGGGAAUAUGCACAGGCCUUCCCUCCAGACUGAAUUUAUACUGCAAGUAAGCAAAACCAUAAAUUCAGACUUAAGACUUCUUUGCCUAUUGGAGAAUGGAGACCUGUUGUUUACAGUACAUAUAAGAAAAUGUACUGUUAGCAACAUAUUGUUUGCCUUUAUAUGUAUAUAUAUAUUUUAGAUAAUUUGAAUAGUUUGUUACUGUUUUCCAAAUAAAGGCUAUCUAAUC